AUGUCUGCAACAGAAGAUCCCCGCCGCGAACCAGGCAGAGAGCUCAAGCUCCUCCACUUCAUCUACAACCAGCCCAACCUCGACGAAAUCCGCGGCCGCCCGCAAAAGGUUAUCGACUUAAUCCAUGAAUUCGAAAAAGACUACCACUUCAUGAACGUGGGUGCCGAGAAAGGCAAAAUCGUCACAGACCUAAUUGACGAACAAAAGCCCAAAACCAUGAUCGAACUCGGCUGCUACGUGGGCUACUCAGCGAUCCUCUUCGGUGACGCGGUACGCCGCAACGGCGGCGAGCGCUACCUCAGUCUAGAACUGAACCCGGAGUUCGCAGCGAUCGCGAACAUGCUCGUUGAACUAGCUGGCCUGCGCGACUUCGUGCGCAUCAUCGUCGGCCGAAGUGAUCUGUCUCUUCAUAAACUUCUGACAUCCGGUGACGUGACUAAGGUGGAACUUCUGUUCAUCGAUCAUUACAAACCGGCUUAUACCACUGAUGUCAAGCUUUGUGAGCAUUUGGGGGCUAUUGGGCCUGGCUCGGUGCUUGCCGCUGAUAAUGUGCUGUAUCCCGGGAACCCGCCAUAUCUGGAAUACGUCCGUAGUUCAGUGGAACAAAAGCGGGAGGCGGCAAAGGAUGGACCUUCCAAGGGCUAUGAUACUUCUGGAAUGGCAGAACGCACGGUACAGUCUUUUGUGGGGAAAGAUGAUGUGCCCACUUUUCAAUUUGUUGGAAAUCCAAACUUGGUGUAUGAGAGUCGCUUGUGUCAGCCUGAGGGAUUGCAGGAUGCAAUUGAGGUGACCAAGUGUGUGGGUGUUGCUCAGUGA